GGAACAGAGGGCGGUGCUUCCUCAGGCUUGCAUCUUUACUGGUCGAGAUCUCUAUGUCUCUUAGUCCGGGGAGGAGCUUCUGCAUACUUAAAAGGCACUGUCUUGCCACUGUAGCUGCGCAGCUCCCCAGAGUAAGUCUGCCAGUUUUCUGUCUUCUACUGAGGUUCGCCGGGUCAUGGUGCCAGCCUGACUGAGAAGAGGACGCUCCCGGGAAACGAAUGAGGAACCACCUCCUCCUGCUGUUCAAGUACAGGGGCCUGGUGCGCAAAGGGAAGAAAAGCAAAAGACGAAAAUGGCUAAAUUUAAGAUCCGUCCAGCCACUGCCUCUGACUGCAGUGACAUCCUGCGACUGAUCAAGGAACUGGCUAAAUAUGAAUACAUGGAAGAUCAAGUAGUUUUAACUGAGAAAGAUCUCUUAGAGGAUGGUUUUGGAGAGCACCCCUUCUACCACUGCCUGGUUGCAGAAGUGCCUAAAGAGCACUGGACCCCUGAAGGACACAGCAUUGUUGGUUUUGCCAUGUACUAUUUUACCUAUGACCCAUGGAUUGGCAAGUUACUGUAUCUUGAAGACUUCUUUGUGAUGAGUGAUUACCGAGGCUUUGGUAUAGGAUCAGAAAUUUUGAAGAAUCUAAGCCAGGUUGCUAUGAAGUGUCGCUGCAGCAGUAUGCACUUCUUGGUAGCAGAGUGGAAUGAACCAUCUAUCAACUUCUACAAAAGAAGAGGUGCUUCGGAUCUGUCCAGUGAAGAGGGAUGGAGACUAUUCAAGAUUGACAAAGAAUACUUGCUAAAAAUGGCAGCAGAGGAGUGAGGUGUGCCGGUAUAGACAAUGACCACCUCCAUUGUGCUUUAGAAUAAAUUCUCAACUUCCCUUGCUUUCUAUCUCGUUUGUAGUGAAAUAAUAGAGUGAGCAUCCAUUCCAAAGCUUUAUUACCAGUGGCGUUGUUGCAUGUUUGAAAUUCGGUCUGUUUAAAAUGGCAGUCAUGUAUGUGGUUUGGAGGCAGAAUUCUUGAACAUCUUUUGAUGAAGAACAAGGUGGUAUCAUCUUUAUAUAUGAAAAACAAAACUUCAUUCUUGUGAGUCAUUUAAAUGUGUACAAUGUACACACUGGUACUUAGAGUUUCUGUUUUGAUUCUUUUUUAAAAAAAUAAACUACUCUUUGAUU